UUAGUCAAUCAAAUUUCUUUUUCUUUUUUUUAAACUAUUUCACGUAGAGCAUGGAUCUCAAUUUUUUGGGAUGGCGUAGAUUCCAUAUCUAAACCAUUCAUUUUGGGUGAAUCGAGUUACAAAUUCUUUUUUUUUUUGUUUAAAAAAAGUAUGGUUUAAGAUAAUAUGUACUAAUAUUUUAUUAAAGAGUGAGGCGGUCCUUCCGACGUUGCGACCGUUCCUGCAGCAGAUCCCUUCUCCGCCACGGCCGUCCACCCCGCGGCCGCCAGCUCCCAAACCCACCUGAAGUCAUCGCAUGCAUCAGCAACCUCCAAGGCUUCCCCACGAAAGCCGGGAAGAGCCCGUUUCCCGUUAGCCGACACUUAGCAUCGGAAUCCCACCCGGCGCCGGCAGCAGCCGCCGCGUGUCGCUGGCUCUCCCUCCUCCCCUCCCUCGUCAUAAUGGGCGCCGCUCGCUUUCCCUCUACAGAGUAAGUUGUUGGUGCUGCUUGCCACCUGUCGGUGCCUUUUACAGGACAGAGGUUUGCUGCGUCGCCACCUUCUCCCUAGCUGCAGCGAGACGACGGGACGGCAUGGGGCCUGAAGAGAAGAAGCAGAAGAAAUGCUGCCCUCUGAGGAGGUCAAGGAAGGGCUGCAUGAAGGGCAAAGGCGGGCCGGAGAACCAGGCGUGCACCUACCGCGGAGUGCGGCAGCGGACGUGGGGCAAAUGGGUGGCGGAGAUCCGCGAGCCCAACCGGGGCGCCCGCCUCUGGCUCGGCACCUUCAGCUCCUCCCUGGAGGCUGCGCAGGCCUAUGACAACGCCGCUCGCAGCCUCUACGGCGACUGCGCCAGGCUGAACCUGUCCGACGACUCCGGCCCCAGGCGGCCGUCCGUUAAGUCGGAGGCCUCCUGCUCGCCGACCUGCUCGACGGAGACGAGCACCAGCGAGUCAAGGGCGACCUUCCCGGGGAGCGUCCAGUCGCCGGCGGGUUAUUUCUGCGGCGGCGGGGGGGGG